CUGGCUGUAGAGUGCUUGGCCCGUGCGCAGUCCAUCCCUGCGUAACUUUAAUUUUUUUAUAUCUAUCGCAAUCCCAUCCCACCAUCUAAAGACCUUGAAGCUUUCCCUCCCUCUACUUGUACAUACAGAGCCCCUGACACCCAAUACAACCGCCGCCAUGGAGCCCGAAACAGACGAAUUCACCCAGCAGAACGAGCGGUUCCUGCACUGGCUCCAAAACUCCAUGUCCUUCACGCUCAACCCCAAAAUCGCGAUCGCCGACUUGCGCUCCAGCGGUGCCGGCCGGGGCUUAGUCGCACUCUCCGCGCUCUCCCCGGACGAAACGCUCUUCCGCCUGCCACGGAGCAGCUGCCUCACCCCCUCCACGAGCAGCCUGCCCCCCCUCUCCGCCACCUCCGCCAGCGCCUACAGCGCACUCACCCCCUGGCUACAACUAAUGCUCACGCUCCUCUACGAGUCACGCGCGUCCUCCUCAUGGGCGCCCUACCUCACCCUGCUGCCACAGCGCUUCGACACGCUGAUGUACUGGGCGCCGCACGAACUAGAAUGGCUGCGCGGCUCCAAGGUCCUCGACAAGGUCGGCCGGCAGGCGGCCGACGAGACGUUCCGCACGGAGCUGCUCCCGAUUGUCCGCGCGAACCCGGAUGUGUUCGGGGAGUUGCCCGAGGGCGCAGAGGGGGAGCAGCGUCUGCUGGACGCGGCGCAUCGCGUCGGUAGUGCGGUUAUGGCGUAUAGUUUCGAUCUUUCCUCGGGGGACGAGUCGGACUCGUCUGACGACGACGACGACGACGGGGAGGAGGAGGGGGAGGAGGAGGGGGAGGGGGGCAGCAAAAAGCGGUAUAAAGCGAUGGUCCCCCUCGCAGAUCUGCUGAACGCGGACGUCCCCGCCAACUGCCGCCUAUUCCAGACGGCGACGCACCUGGAGAUGCGAACGCUGCGCGAGCUCCCCGCGGGCGCACAGCUGUUCAACGACUAUGGCGCGCUGCCGCGGAGUGAUCUCCUGCGGCGCUACGGCUACACCACGCGGAACUACGCGCCGUUCGACGUGGUCGAGGUGCCGGCGCCGAUGGUGAUUGCGCACUGUGGGGGUGAGGCGGGGAGGGAGGACCGCAUCGAGUAUCUGCUCGAAGAGGGCGUGCUGGAGGAUGCGUUCGAUCUGCAGGCGCAGGCGGAGGGUGCGGUGCCUGAUGAGUUGGUCGUUGUUGUUAAUACGCUGCUGGCGAGUAAUGCGGAGUUUGCGGCGUGGAAGGAGAAGGAGAAGUUGCCGAAGCCGAGGAUCUCAGAGGAGGCGGCGGAGGUGCUGGCUAGGGUUAUGCGCGAGCGCUUGGGCGAGUAUGCGACUACCAUUGAGGAGGAUGAGAGGUUGCUGGAGACGGAGAUCACGGGGAGGGAGAGGGAUGCGGUCGAGGUUAGGCUAGGGGAGAAGAGGAUUCUGCAGGCGACAUACAAGGAGCUGGAGAGGAGGGUUAAUGAGAAGAAGAGAGCGGCGGAGGCUGAGACGGGGGAUAGGUCCGCGAAGAGGAUGCGGUCUUAGUUUGCACUGUACAUCGGCCAAAAUACACAAUGUUGCCAAACGAAGAAGC